AUGGCGAAGAAGAAAGUAAAGAAGAAGAUACAGGAGCGAAUCGAUAACUUGCCAGGCGGAUAUUCUCAGCAGCGAAGAAGCUCCCCACCAAAACGCCGCACCGAUUUCUCCCUUUCUUCUCCAAUUCUUCCGAUUCCGAUCUUCAUAUCACUAACAAUAAAGAUGAAAGCCAUAGCAGCAGUCUUCAGCCUUGCAUUGCCCAUCUUCUUCUUCUUCUCCGGGGUCCAAUCAGCCACAUUCACAAUAAAAAACAACUGCGCUUACACAAUAUGGCCAGGAACCCUAACCGGCGGUGGCAAGCCUCAACUGCCUUCCACCGGAUUCGAGCUCGGCCCCGGCGCCUCUCAAACCCUAGACGUCCCCGACGGUUGGUCUGGUCGUUUCUUUGCCCGGACCGGGUGCUCAGCCUCCAGCGGAAAAUUCUCGUGCGACACAGCCGACUGUGGCUCCGGCCAGAUGGCAUGCUCCGGCGCCGGAGCAAUCCCGCCGGCGACUUUAGUCGAGCUCACUCUCGCCGAAAACGGCGGCCAAGAUUUCUACGACGUCAGCCUCGUCGACGGCUUCAACUUGCCCGUUGCGUUGGCGCUACAAGGCGGCUCCAGCGGGUGCCAGAGCACGAGCUGCCCUGCGAACGUCAACGCUGUCUGCCCGCCAGAGCUGGCCAUGAAACGACCCGACGGGGCCAUAAUCGCCUGCAAGAGCGCGGGUCUAACUCCACUUUUUAUUAUUAUUAUUAUUUAUGUUAAAGUGCUCCAAGAUCCGUAG